GGUGAAGCGCUCAGUCUCCGGUAGCCGCGCGCUCGACCGACCGCCUUCAGAUGCGCCUCAGUUUCAGCACAGCGAGCCGCACACACGCUAAUGCCUCCCGCCGCCGCGGCGCCCGCGCGCAGGAUUUAGCGCCGAACACACGCGAGUCUGAGCCGGUUAGAGUGUGAGACUCAGGCAGCGGAGCGAGCAUGCGGAGUUACAGCGGACCCGUCUGGGUGAAAGUAUGGAUUCUGGUCCUCAGCUUGGCGGCGUUGGAGACGCGGAGUAUUCCCAGCAACGAGGUGAACUUGCUGGACUCGCGCUCUGUAAUGGGUGACCUAGGAUGGAUCGCCUACCCAAAGAACGGGUGGGAAGAAAUCGGAGAGGUGGACGAAAACUACGCCCCCAUUCACACCUAUCAGGUGUGCAAGGUGAUGGAGCACAACCAGAACAACUGGCUGCAGACGAACUGGAUCCUAAACGAAGGGGCUCAGAGGGUGUUUGUGGAGCUGAAGUUCACCCUGAGGGACUGUAACAGCCUGCCGGGCGGACUGGGCACCUGCAAAGAGACCUUCAACGUCUACUACUACGAGUCCAACGACGAGGACGGCAGGAACGUACACGAGAGCCAGUACACCAAGAUCGACACCAUCGCGGCGGACGAGAGCUUUACGGAGCUGGACCUGGGGGACAGGGUGAUGAAGCUGAACACCGAGGUCAGGGACGUGGGGCCCCUGACAAAGAAAGGCUUCUACCUGGCCUUCCAGGACCUGGGGGCCUGCAUCGCCCUGGUGUCCGUCCGCGUCUUCUACAAAAAGUGCCCCUUCGUGGUGCGGAACCUGGCCCUUUUCCCGGAUACUAUAACUGGGUCGGACUCCUCGCAGCUCCUGGAGGUGUCGGGGACCUGCGUCAACAACUCGCUGGCCGACGAGCUACCCAGAAUGCACUGCAGCGCGGAGGGGGAAUGGUUGGUGCCCAUCGGGAGGUGCAUGUGCCAGGCAGGCCAUGAGGAAGUUAAUGGCUCCUGUCAAGUGUGUAAGCCUGGCUUCUACAGAUCGGCUCUGCAGACCAGAACCUGCAGCAAGUGUCCUCCUCACAGCUUCACCAAAACCGAGGCCUCCACAGCCUGCCAGUGUGAGCAGGGCUACUACAGGAAGGACACGGACCCCACCAACAUGGCCUGCACAAAGCCUCCAUCAGCUCCGCGGAACGCCAUCUCCAACGUGAACGAGACCAGCGUGUUCCUGGAGUGGAGCGCGCCGGAGGAGACGGGCGGGAGGAAGGACGUGACCUACAGCAUCUUGUGCAGGAAGAUCAGCGCUGACGAGGGGCAUUACGAGCCCUGCGGCAGCCACGUGCGCUACCUGCCCCAGCGCUCAGGCCUCAGGAACUCCUCCGUCAUGGUGGUGGAUCUGCUGGCUCACACCAACUACACCUUCGAGGUGGAGGCAGUGAACGGUGUGUCGGAGCUGACCAAACCCCUGCGCCAGUACGUUACCCUCAACGUCACCACCAACCAAGCAGCUCCGUCUCCGAUCACUGUGGUGAAGAAAGGGAAGACGGCGAAGAACAGCAUCGCUGUGUCCUGGCAGGAACCGGACCGGCCCAACGGCAUCAUCCUGGAGUACGAGAUCAAGUACUUUGAAAAGGAUCAGGAGACGAGUUACACCAUCAUUAAGUCGAAGGAGACGGAGGUGGUGGCGGAUGGGCUGAAGCCGUCCUCGGCGUACAUCUUCCAGAUCAGAGCCAGAACCUCUGCUGGAUACGGGGGAUUCAGCCGACGCUUCGAGUUUGAAACCAGUCCUUACUUGUCUGCCUCCAGAGAUCAGGGCCAGGUGCCUGUCAUCGCCGUGGCGGUUACUGUGGGGAUCAUCCUGCUGGCGCUGGUCACCGGCUUCCUGCUCAGCGGCAGGCGCUGCGGCUACAGUAAAGCCAAGCAAGAUCCUGAGGAGGAGAAGAUGCACUUCCACAAUGGGCACAUUAAAUUCCCAGGAGUGCGAACCUACAUUGAUCCUCACACCUACGAAGAUCCCAACCAGGCCGUCCACGAGUUUGCUAAAGAGAUUGAUGUCUCCUGCAUCACAAUAGAGCGUGUGAUCGGAGCCGGUGAGUUUGGGGAGGUGUGCAGUGGGCCGCUAAGACUGCCGGGAAAGAGAGAGAUCAUGGUGGCCAUCAAGACCCUGAAGGCAGGCUACACCGAGAAACAGAGGCGGGACUUCCUGGGGGAGGCCAGCAUCAUGGGCCAGUUCGAUCACCCCAACAUCAUCCACCUGGAGGGUGUGGUCACUAAGAGCAAACCGGUGAUGAUCAUAACAGAGUACAUGGAGAACGGAUCUCUCGACACCUUUUUAAAGAAGAACGACGGUCAGUUCACGGUGAUCCAGCUGGUUGGUAUGCUGCGUGGCAUCGCCUCGGGAAUGCGCUACCUCUCCGACAUGGGCUACGUGCACCGCGACCUGGCCGCCCGCAACAUCCUGGUCAACAGCAACCUGGUGUGUAAGGUGUCGGACUUCGGCCUGUCUCGAGUGCUGGAGGACGACCCGGAGGCGGCCUACACCACCCGGGGAGGGAAGAUCCCCAUCAGGUGGACGGCUCCGGAAGCCAUCGCGUACAGGAAGUUCACCUCAGCCAGCGACGUGUGGAGCUACGGCAUCGUCAUGUGGGAAGUGAUGUCUUACGGAGAAAGGCCGUACUGGGAAAUGAGCAAUCAAGACGUGAUAAAGGCUGUAGAGGAGAGUUACAGGCUGCCGGGGCCGAUGGACUGUCCCACAGCUCUCUACCACCUCAUGAUGGACUGCUGGCAGAAGGACAGAAACAGCCGACCCAAGUUUGAGGAGAUUGUGAGCUUACUGGACAAGCUUAUCCGCAACCCCAGCAGCUUAAAAAGCCUCGUCAACUCCUCCAACAGGGUGUCCAAUUUAUUAGUGGAGCACGGCAGCGUGGAGCUCUGUGUGUUCAGCUCGGUGGGGGAAUGGUUAGAUGCCAUAAAAAUGGGUCGAUACACCGAGCUUUUCAUGGAAAGUGGAUACACUUCGCUGGAAGUAGUCACUCAGAUGACCUUGGAGGAUGUGAGGAGAGUGGGAGUGACGCUGGCUGGGCACCAGAAAAAGAUCCUCAACAGCAUCCAGGAGAUGCGAGUUCAGAUGAUGAACGCCACCAUACCUGUCUGAGGCUGCCCUUAGACCUACUGAAGCGACAGUAGUAGCCUAGCACUUUUUUUACCGUGGACACUUAUUUAUUGAAUGGAACUCUCUUGAACUACUGAUGGGAAAUGACUUGAUGAUAUUCCUGAGCGACAGUGGGGACGGGCUGACGAAUUGGCGGCUGGACGGCUAAAACAAGGGUCUCUGUGUGUAAAUGCACAGCUCGUCAGCGUACCGACGGCUGGACGAGUUUUGUAAAAGGACCGAAUUGGACGCUAAGCGGAUGAGAAGAGUUUGGAAAAGUGUGGCACAUCUCCAGGUAGGACCGCUGACCAGGACCACUGUCAGGAGUCUCUGGGCCGAAUGUAUAGCACUUUUUCGCAGAAACCUCAUGCAACAAUGUUAUUACCUCCAGAAAUACAGCAGAACCUACAGCAGAACCUACUUCAGCUGGAUACCUUAUUCCUCACCACACCACUCUCGGAGCGAAGGUCAUGCAGUAAGACUGUGAAAACCAUAUCAUUUGGUUGGAGGAAGAAGCGGCGGCCGUGUAUUACAAAGCAAUAUUAGAUUUGAAGCUUGAUACGCGUUUCCUUUUCUUUCUUUCUGUCUUUCUUUCCUUCUUUUCUAAUGGAAAAAGCAAUGGAUACGUAUGUACAGAUUUCAUUUUGCACAGCAUAUGUGUCUUAAGGGGGAUAUGUGUGAAGUAUGAUGCUUCAAAACUGUACAGGACUGUACACAGAUCAAGCCUAACAUUAUGAGCACUUCCUUGUUUUCACACUCAUUAUCAGACUCGUUAAAUUUUUUUUAGCUCCUGGUGCUGGUAGAAGCGGCUCAGAUGCAGCAGUACUGCUGGAGUUUUUGAACACCUCCUAUCUUACACUCUGCGCAAGGUGCUGCAGUGAGAUGCUCAUUGCUAUCUUACACCCCGUCAACAGUCUAUUUUCACACCUACCGCCUGCGUCAUUUAAAUAUCGAAGGCACUUAUGAAUAUAUUUACGCUGAUAAGCGUGGGGGGGCUGAAAAUGAGGUGUGUUUAGGUCAAUUUCUGGCAUAUUGCUAUCUUGGCAAUGGAAAACACAUUUGCACCACCUGACCGAUUUUUACACCAACAAUAAACAGAAUUCAAAAUUAAAUAUCAUUGCUGUUCUUGUAAAUGCCCUGCUUGCACAACUUCACAGAAGUGCAGAAGUGCUGCGUCAUUAAAAUACCAAUUCGCCAAAGGCAGAGCACACCUCCCUCUUAAAGGCAAUGUGAGGCAAGUGACACGCCGAUUGGUUUAUUUCACGCUACGCCCAAAACACGUCAUAAUUAAUUAAGAGAAUUAGUACGCACAAGGCAUACUUUUCCUGUCAUUAUGAUAGCAAAGACACACCGAUAGGCCCUAAAUCAAGAUGCACCGUGCACGUAAUCUACACAGAUUUCUCUCCUGGGUGAUUAAAGCACUUUUGUUUAUUUACAGUAAGCUUAGAUUCACUAAUUUCUCCAGCACUAAGGCUAGAGCAUUAGCAUUAGCGGCUAACCACUGUGUGUAACGGUAAAUACGGUUACAGACUACAGUCCGAUAUACUCGCCUCUGAGCAGCUAAAUAGCUAGCGCAGUUAGCGGCUAAAGCUUGUGCUGCUCCAGCAGUGCUAGUCGGGGUUAGCAGCAGGCUACUGGCCGAUAAUACUCACCUCUGAACGGGGAAAUAGCGGUUGGCAGCUAAUGCUAAUACUGCUCCAGCCCUGGUGCUGGAGAACUAAACUGAAACUCCUCUUUAACGCUGUACUUCAGUGAAGUGGCUUACAAACUUACUGCUCCUUACAACUACGUAAAAACUACAUAUGAACUACAUAUAAAUUCACACAUAAGGUGCACUGACGAUUUUUGUGAAAAUUUUAAGUGCACUUUAUAGUGUGAAAAAUACAAUAUAAAGAGAAACAGAGCAAACAAGGACAUGAUCAUAAUAUUAGGCUUGAUCUGUGUUUUUUUUAAGUGUACGUGUAAAUAGUGUAUAGUUAGAUAAAACUCCCGAUAAAGAGAAAGAUCCAUCCAUGUUCAUGUGGGGUUCAUCCACUUUUAGCCGCCGGGAAACGUUAGUAGGUCUAUACAGUGUACAGAACUUUCAUCAUGGUGAAGAAACGCUUAUAGUGCUUUUAUGUAGCUCAUCGGUUACGGCUGGUCCUUUCUACAGCACUUGAUAUGUGAAUUCUGGAGGUGAUCUUGGGUGACGUUGAUGCGUAUUCAUUUCUAUUUAUUUAACUCUGCCCGGAAGGAUUAUCUAGCAUAUAUAUUAUACAUUUAAAUCUCAAAAGGAUGCAUUUUUGUGCAGUUAUUACUGAUAAUAUUUGCUCUCAGACAUACAGUAUUUUUAAAUAAUGAAGAGCUUGUAGCUUGUUUGAAUCUGUGCUUUCCAAGAAUGUUAAAUCUCAGACUGAAGAUCAGCUUGGGGUGACCCUUUUGGAUUUGAUUUAGGAUCUUAUCUAAUGCUGAGUCUUAACAUUAGGUGGUUUAGUGAAAAUAUGGCUCAUUUUGAACCAUAUUUUUACUAAAUAUAAAAUAAAAAGGUCAGAAACACAACUUUUUUUGUACUUAACACAAGUACAAAAACUCAAAAAAGUCCGGUCCCACUUUAUAAUAAGUGUCUCUAAUAACUGUAUAGUUACACAUAAAUGAUCCAUGUAACAAAGGUGUUACUACUGGCGAAGUACAUGUUUUUACAGAUUUAUUACAGGUGUGCAGAUUAUGUAAUUUCUAGGGCUGUUAACGUUAAAGCGAGAACGCAUGCGAUAAAUUCAAAAUCAGUAACGGGUUAUUUUUUGUUUCAAUGAAAAGCUCCAACACGGACAACACAACGGCAGAGGAGACAUCCCAAAUAUCAAAUAUACUACUUUUUAAUCAAGCUAAUCUGCUGAUAAGGUGCGGUUUAAUCUGAUAUAUUAGCCAAACGCUGUCUUUAAACAAACACUGUCUUUGCCGCUCCAUGCUGUUUACACAGUGAGCGCAGUAUGUGCAGCGUUCACUGCUAGCAUCCACGUGACUCUGAGCUGCACGUCCUAUUAAAAGCACUGUAUUUAUAAGCACAGCGGCAAAUGUUUUGUGUUCUGUGUUAAAACAGCUUCACACUGUACAGAUAUACGUGCUGGAACACCAGUAGUUGAACUAUAAUUACAUGGAUUGUUAAAGUGUAAGUACACAGUUAUUAUAAAGUAGGACCAAAAGUUCUUCCAUGAUGUCUCAGGCCUAAUUCUCAACACUGAAAAUACUUUAUGGUUGAUGUAUUAAAAUAAACCAUCUUACUAAAAUAAACUAUCUUAAUAAUUAAUAACAUGGCUACUAAAUGUCUAAGCCAGUACCACCAUCAUAUCAGAUUCAACAAGGUAAUUUACAUUGUUUUACUGCAUUACAUUGUGGUCAUCAUGCAAAAACCUAAAAUUUCACGAAGAACGGACCAAUAGAAAUGCUCCAAAAUUACUUCAGAAAAUUAUUAUUGAAUAUUUUUGCAUUUGCUUCCACUGAUAAUUUUUCCUCUUUGAUGUAAUAUUGGUCAGGGAGUAUACAUUGUGGCCAAAUAAAAUUGAUUAUAAUGAAUGGACCAAUAGAAAUGCUCCAAAAUACCCUGGAAUAAAAUAUUAACUUCCAUUGAAAGUUUUUUUUUCUUCUGUUGUAAAUGUGCCAUUUUAGAGACACAAAUAUGUGCAUGAUAUCCGUGACGAUAUGCGCAUUGACAACUGCAAAUAGUUUACUUUUUAUUCAUGUAUUUUUUUGCAGACAAAAAAUUUUAUCUCUAAAAUAUCAACUUUGUGGGAGAAGGAAGAAAUUUUUUUUUUUUAACAGAAGUCAAUGUAAAAGGUCAAUUUGGAGCAUUUCCAUUACUUUAAUUUAGUUAAUCGCCACAUUUUAAUAUAAUAUAUAAAAGAAAUAUGAGAGUUACAGUUUAUCAAAAAGUGAACAGUAGAAGAUACAAGGUUUUUGCAACAGCAUUUCAAUUGGCCCAUUCAUCAUGAAAUUCUGUUACAAUAUAAAGAACAGCAGCCAGAUUCACAUCAUGUCAGAAAGUCAAAAAUUAGCUAAAUUAAGAUACAAUGUUUUUCCUUCUCUUGUCUGAUGGUGAAGAUAUAUUGUUCAUAACACAGUUCUUCACACCUCAUAUGGAAAUGAAGAACACAAUAAAAAUAGCAAACACUGAUAUUGUAAAACUAUUUUACAGUAAAUAACUUUAUUGUUUUCCUGCGAUCAGCACCUUAGUCGGGUUUUGUGAGGACGCCUCGCUCGUGCUGAGCGUCCUGAUGUUUUCUGCUGAAUGUGUUUCCAGAUGUAAAUGAUAUUUUUGAUGCUUUCUUUUCAUCUCCACCAGUUAUGACCAAUUAGUUUUGUAGUUAAGGGGGCAAGCGCUGGAAAAAAAGUGCAUAUUUAUAUUUUCCAUGUUGAUUUCAGUAUAUUUGGUGCAGUGUUCUCUAAAAUGAGAAAGCAUAGUUCUUAUUAAAAGUUAUAGCACAAUAAAAAAAUCUAAUUGAGCAGUAAUACAGUAUUUAUUGGUUCUGUUACGUUUUUAUAUUUCCUCUAUAAAUAUAUUCACACACACACACACACACACUCUCUUCAGAAUCAGCUCUUAGGAAAAAAUAUGUUUUGGGGGUUUUUCAGUGUUAAAUAAUGUUUACAACCGAGCCAAUUUGUGAAAUGCUUCAGAAUGGGAACGUUUGGAAUACUCUGUGUAUGUUAUGCGGUGUUAUCUUGUGAGUGAGGUUGCCGCUCAUGGCAAGGCUACAGUGUCAUGUGUCCUAGUGUAUUGGGAAUACAUCAUAGAAGGCAUUACCACUCACAGUGGACAGCGAGCGCAGUGGGUGGUAAUGAUUGUGACCGCCGGUGUCUGGCUAUAAUUGUCCAUGUUUAAUCUAGUAUACUCCACAUGCAUAUCCUGCAUGUCAGUGCAGUGUUCUUUAGCCCCCCCUGCAGGAUUUGACUGAAAAGUCAUGGGACACCAUACAAGCUCACAAUUGUCUCAAAUUCUACAAUAAAACAGAUUUUUCAAAUAUUUUAAUGUUUUUUAACACAUCAAUGAGCAUUUUUUGCAACAUAAUUACUGCUUUAAUUGGUUACAUACUGUAGAUUAUACCAUAUUUCCCUGUCCAGUAGAAAAGUACUAUAUUUUUCGCACUAUAGGGUGCACCGCAUUAAGCUACACUAGUAAGGCACAGGAGUGUUGCAAUGUUUUCCUUCUAAUUCAGCAGGUCUUUCCAGUAAGUUUAGAUUUACAGAUUUUCACUAAAGCUGGAGCAUUAGCAGCUAAUCACUAGCACUAAUGCUAAUGCUGCUCCAACAAUGAUAGCCAGGGUAAGCAGCAGGCUACAGGCUGAUAAUACUCACCCCUCAAAGGUGGAGCUAACUAGCACGUAGUGCAGUUAGCGCAUAAUGCUACUACUGCUGGAGAACUAAACUGAAACUCCUGGAGUGGCUUUACUGACUGUUAAAUUCAUACAUAAGGCACACUAUCAAUUUUUGUUAAAAUUAAAGGAUUUUAAGUACGACCUUACAGUGCGAAAUAUAUGGUACAGUGUUAAAAAAACAACAUUCACUCAAAAUACACCUACAAUACAUUUUUUAAGGGUUUUCUAUUUAUUUUUUCAUUUUUUUUUAUUAUGUACAGCUUUUAUUUGCUAAACAUUCUUCUAUUAAGCAAUUAAUACAACUCCACACGCAAUUACAUAAUAUUUAUGAUGAUUUAAUGAUAAGUCACCAUGGCAUACAUGUGCAACUGAUGCACAUAUAUGAUGAAUACAAUAAAUAUGAUAAAUAUCAACAAGAACCAAGAACCAAGUUCAAAAAUAGUAGAAGAUAAACAGAUAAUUUGUAACAGAAUCCAUAAACCCUGUUAAAGCAGCCGUGUGCAUGGUGUUGAGGUGUAGUUUGGUAAAAAUAAUAUAUAUAUAUAUAUAAAUAUAAAUAUACAUUUUCUCAGCAUUAUGUUUUUGAAUCUCAUAAGCCACAAUCUGUUGCGAGUAGGUUCAUAAUUGUUCCAGUAAAAACAGUAUAAAAGAAGGUAAAAGCACAGAAAAAUAGGUGUUGUGAUGAUUGUCUACGCCCUUUUACUGUAAGUGUGUUUCGUUUGUGUACAUGUCUUUUGUAGUGUAAUAUAUUAAAUUUUCUAUUUUUUUCUAAUAAACUGAAGUAAAAUCAA